AGCCUGUCUUACAGGUAAGACACUAGCUCAUGGAGCAAGCAGCAUUUUGCCCGGUGCAGUGGUGGCGCGCAAGCCCUGCAAAAUUAAGCAGCAACACACCUGAGGUGACGCACAUAGAUUACGAUCGCUGCACCGCGCGACGGUCCCGCAACAAGUAACGAUUUGCAGCAAUAAGACAGCAGGCUCUCCGGCUUGCAAGACGCUCUCACGUGCCACAAACACGACACAGCGAUGCACGCCCGCCUCCUCGCGCUCGUCGCAACGGUGCACGGCCUCCGGGCCCCGACGCCUUCCAUAAAGCGCACGGCACCUUUACAAGCACUGAAGCUGCACGGCAGCCAGGGCUCGCGCUCACCACUGGUCAACUGGUACCUCGAAGAACUCGACGUACCCUAUGACAUGGCGCCGCCCAAGCCGAGCGACCACCCCUUCGGCCAGAUCCCCUACCUGACGGAUGGGAGUGUCGGUGUUUUCGAGUCUGGAGCUAUACUACUGUACAUUGCGGACAAGUUCGACGACAAAUGUACGACAGCCGAACAACGAGCAAAGUUCACGAAGUGGGUCCUGUGGGCGAACUCGUCGCUGGAUCCCAUUUGUUUUGUGGAGAAUGAGAGAGGCCAGGUCAUGGGGACUAGAUUAGAUCAACCAGGUCGAGCUGUCUCGGUGCUGGAUCAAUUACUGUCAGAGAGCGACUAUCUGGUGGAGAACGACUUCUCCGUCGCCGACGUCGCCGUUUGUUCGUACCUGAACUACGUCCCUCUCUUCUUCCCGUCGGUGCGCCUUUCGUCGCCGAAUAUCGUGUCGUACAUGCGGCGCUGCGCCGAGCGGCCGGCCUUCGCCAAGGCCUUCGGGGCGGGCCACGCGCAAGCUGUGCUCGCCGCGUGCGCCAACGCGGGGGCCGGGGGCGGGGAGAAGCUGUUCGGUCUAUUCUAGGGGUAAGUAAGUGGUCUUUGU